CACUUUGUUUGUUGCAAAGGCCUAAAAGCGUCAUGUGCAUGUGCUAGUGCUGUACACAAAACAAAAAGACAAACACACAGAUUAACUUUACUGGAGCUGGUGAUCGGCAAUCGAGAUUAGUGAAUGAGAAUUUUUGUCAGAUCCGGAAAUUCAGUUCUAAUUUGCAUUGCAGCAAAAUUUCAUCUUUUUGCUUGUAGUAAUCUGGACGACACGAUAAAAUAGACAGACUAAAAAACUUGUUGGUAUGAGUACACGCGCACAGGUGCUUUUAUUUGUUUCAAAGCAGAAGUGCUAGGCAAACGAAGUGCGAAAAAUGAGGAGGCAUAGAGGCGAUAAAAGAUGGUUGUCUAAAAGUAGAUGGGAUUCCAGGGAAUCGAGCCAAAAUCGAAACAACAAUUAUAGAGGGAAACACAGGAGAGGUACAAGCCUCUCAUCGCGGACGAUUGAAACAACCAGUGACCGCGAAAAUCAAGACAAGCAUCGCGAAAGCCAUGGCGAGCACCUCGAUGGUCAACGAAAUGAUGAAUGGGAGCCUCCGGCCCCACCAAGCUAUCCUGCUGCGAACAUCAGUGUAAAUGGGAAUCAACCAUACAUGCCACUUCCUUACUUCAUGCAGCCAAGCAUGUACUAUCAGGGCCUACAACACCAAAUGUGGUCAACCUAUUGUCAACUUGCAAGCUAUCAUCAGACUGCUGGCACAUCAAGUGGCCCCAAUCAACGUCCAAGCUUGCUUCCCUUCCCACCACCACAUUUCCAUGGUAACUUUCAGCAGCUUUUCACCAACCGCCCUCCAAGCUUACUGUCAUUACCCUUUCAACCACCACCGGGAGUGAGACAGUGCAAUGGACCUCAAGAAGAUGGAAGUGAAAAGAGCGAAACUUCGGAUAAGACUAGAAAAGAAAAAGAAGAGGAGCCUCCGCCGCCUGGGUCUGAGGCUGCCAGGGAGAAGGAAAGGGCAGAAAUUGCAAGAAGACUGCAGGACUUUGACAAGAAUCCAGUUGCACCAAGUGGGGAGAAAGAGAAGUCCUUGCCAAAAGAGAAAUCCAAACCCGCAGCUACAAGCCAGCCGAGUGCAAAGAAACCUGUUGGUGCGCCAGGGAAAGCAAGGCCAAAGGACAAUAAGGCGCCAGACAAAACCCUGAAGCGACCAGCGACAAGCUCCUCUAGCGAAGUUUCUAAAAAGAAGAAAAAAGCGAAUGAGCUGAACGAAGACAUUGCCAAACAAAUCUCUGCUAUGGGUGUGAACGAAAUAAAAACUCUUGUUAACAACCCGCAUUCAGUAAAGUCUCAAGAAAUCUUGAAUGCUCUUAUGAAACAUUACCGUGAACUCAAAACUGUUGAGUUGGACAAGAGGAGACUUUUAGCGCCAACUUCAGUUGAUAAUUCAGCUUCGUUCGAUGCCAAUUCCAUUGGAAUUUCUGAUCUUCCACCGGAGAUUAUCUCUCAGUUGGAAAAAAUUCUGGGCUUCAACAUCUUCCAAUCAGCAGAGCAAGUGCAAGCAGACGAUGAAGUCCGUAUCGUUAGUCCAGAUCCCCAGCAGUCCAACAAUGACCAGGUUGCCAAUGGAGACCAAGAAACAGAAAACUGCCAACGUUCAGAACCAGUGCAAAUACUCGAGGAGCUUGUUUUCAUUGAUUUGAGAAUCCAGUCUGAUAUUAGCCGAAAAAUGGAACUUUACCAGCGUCUUCACGAAAUAGUGACUGGAAGUCAACAAACCAGAGUUGAUGAUACUGCAGACUCAACCUCUUUCCCUCCAGUUAUCCAUUUGGGAAGCCCCCUUCAAAGUUCCAGCGGUAAAAAUAAAUCCCAAUCACCUGAAAAAGAAAUCAUUGCCAUUCCGUCAACCUCCAAUCCCCUACCUGCCAAAGGAAAAAAUGACAUGCAGAAGAAGGGAUCCAAUCCUGGACCUGCUAAGAAAAGCGUAAAGUCUUCAAACGGAAGCAAGUCAACCUUUUCAAACUAUAACAAACCACCCCCCAUUUUAAAUAAUAAAGUGUCAUUUGAUAUCAGAAGUCUAAAUACAGAGAUAUACGAUAUGAAGGUAGCAGAUUCGAGCGUGGUUUUAGUCGCCUGCAGCAACAAAGUUAUCUAUGGCUUUGACUUAAAAACGGCGAAAAAGACGCACGAACUAAAGGGUCAUGUAGAUGUUGUCACUUGCCUGAAGCACGUGAAAUAUUACCGAGGAUCAGUCGAAGAACAUGUAAUAUGUUCUGGUGGCCUUGACGAGCAAUUGUGCAUAUUUGGCUUUAAGAGUCAGCAGUGUGUUACAAAGCACUACGUCGCAAGUCCAAUUUUGUGCUUGGAGUUUUUUCAUGAUCAUGUGAACAAGGCUCAAAUUUUGUAUGCAGGAUUGAAAAAUGGAUCGAUUUACAUUUAUGAUGUUGAGAAAUUCAUACCUAAAGGCACACUCGACUGUGGGGAGAAAGCUAUAUUAGCCUUACUCGCAUCAAAAGAGGGAUCACUCAAUGUUCUUCUCGUUGCUUCUGAGGACAAAACGAUUUGCCUAAGGGACGCCAGCACAGGACUUUAUCUGAGGCAGUUUAGUUACUCUUAUGUGGCAACAAAUUUUGUUGCAUAUGAAGAUGCCUUUUUCUGCCAAAGUGUAUCAAAUGGCGUCACCUACUUUAACAUCAAGACUGGUGCAUACUUGGGUUUCCUGAAGGCAAAUUGCUCUGUUUCCAAAAUAGCCAAGUACCGCAACCUACUUUUGGUCACGCUAUGCAGUGGAGCGAUUCGAGUUUAUGACAUGCACACGAAAACACUUGUGACUGAAAUCAGUGGAGGUGGCAAGCUUUUACGAUUUAUUGAUGUGGCGAGCGAAAAUAUUGUUGCUGCCGCCAGGGUGAAUGACAUGUUCGCCAUGCCCUUUACUCCCGAAAUGAAGGCUGCACUAGACCAGUGAGAAAGUAAUGUCUUAUAAAAAAUGAUGCUUAGCAGUA